UAACCUUAUGCUUUCUAGGAAUGUGAGAAUGUCUAUCUUGUAUUCUCUGUACAAGCGAGUGGACAUUUUCAAGGCUAUGCUACCAUGUCAUCAGAAAUAGGAAAAGAGAAGUCACAUGAAAUGGGAAUUGGAUCCUCAACACCACUUGGAGGCAUAUUCAAAGUGAAAUGGAUAAAGAGGGCUAAUGUUUCAUUUCAGCAAACCUCACAUCUCAGCAAUCCAUGGAAUGAAAACAGAAAAGUAAAAGUUGCCAGGGAUGGACAGGAAUUAGAACCAUCUAUUGGUGAUAAAUUGCUGCAACUAUGGUCAAAAGUUGAAGAAUACAAGCAUGGAUCUGGUGAUGCCUCAUCUCGUACAACUCCAGCCAACUCUCCACCCAAUCACAGCCCAGGACCAAAAGGUGGAAAGGGAAAAAACAGUGAUAAAUCGAAAUCACCUCAAUUUCAUACACAAACUCCUCCCAUGACCCCACAAUAUCCUAAAAGUUCACCUCUGCUCGGUACAGUUCCACCGUUCUCUCCCGCUCAUCCUCAGGUAUAUCAGACUCCAACUGGAUCGCCGAUACCACUUGCGCACUCAUCUCCAUCUCAUUAUCCUGGAAUGGUUUUCCAGCCACGUGGUGCAUCCGGUGAUUACUUCAAUGCAGGUGCAAUGUCACAGCUUUCAUUAGGUAACAAUGCUCCCAUGAUGCAUCCUAAUAUGUACAACCAGUAUGGACAAAAAGGAGGUAGUCCUGGCAAUAGAGGGGGUAUUCCUGGCAAUAGAGGGGGUAGUCCUGGCAAUAGAGGAGGGUCUCGUAGAAAUGGUGGACAACAUAGAAAUAAAUCCUAUGAUAAAUCAGACAAUAAGAAAUAAUAUGCAGAAGACGCACAUUGUAAUAACUAAGGUUGGUUAGUGGUUUGAUCAUUUGCAUGUACAUUUAUAUACAGGUCAUGGUUCAUUAAUAGUAUUUUUUUUUUUGCCAUUAUUCUUAAGGCAUCUACAAAAAUUUUAAAAUUCAGUUGCCAAUUUUUAUUUAUUGUUUAGUUAUAUUUUUAAUGUUUUUUUUUUAUAAUUGUGAAUAUAUCUUUUAUCUAUUCACGUUUUCAUUACUGACAUGUGGCAAUGUAAUGUAUAGCCUCAAUAUGCUUGAAAAGUGUAAUUAAAAAAAAUGAUGUCUAAC